CCCGCCCACUGCCCGCGCCCGCCUGGUGCUCUGAGGGUUGGCGGCCGGAGGGAAGCAUGGGGACAGUACACGCCCGGAGCCUGGAGCCUCUCCCAGUGGGAGGGCCCGAUUUUGGAGCCUUAGGAGAAGAGGCGGAAUUUGUGGAAGUUGAACCCGAGUCGAAGCAGGAGAUCCUUGAGAACAAAGACUUUCCUUUGGAUAGACAUAUCUGUACUGGAAUUAUGUGGCAGAGAAGGAAGUCCAGGGAACGUCUGCUUUCCCCACUCACUGACCUGGCUCCGCCCACCGUCCAACAGUUCUCGAUGCCGACUCACAGUUGCCUUGUAGGACAGGCAGGGUACAACUCUUGGUUUUUUUUUAACUCUUUUCCAUGUCUCUGCACCCUUCGUCUUGGGCAUCAGACAGGCCUGGGCGGCUCUUCCCAUCGAGCACAGGCUGAGAGGUGGGGUCUCCCUGCAUGGACGCAAGUCAUAGCACUGCAGGAGCUCCUGGCCUCUCCUGGCGCCGCAGGAAGGCCUCAGAGGCUCUGUCUGUGCCAGUGGCCUGCUUACCUCGGGACGUGUGGUCUCUGGGCCUCACCAACGGCCUCCAUGUCUGCCGAGCCACAGGGAACCUUCCUGUGUCUGCGACAGCAUCUCACCGGAGCGACUCUGCCCCGUCCCCUCUCGCAGGUCAUGCGGAAGUCUCACGAGGCACGUGAGAAACUGCUGCGCCUGGGGAUUUUCAGACAGGUGGACGUGCUGAUCGACACGUGUCAAGGUGACGAUGCCCUGCCCAAUGGCUUAGACGUGACGUUUGAAGUGACCGAGUUGAGGAGACUGACGGGCAGCUACAACACCAUGGUUGGGAACAACGAAGGCAGCAUGGUCCUCGGCCUCAAGCUCCCCAAUCUCCUCGGCCGUGCCGAAAAGGUGACUUUUCAGUUUUCCUACGGAACCAAAGAAACGUCCUACGGCCUGUCCUUCUUCAAGCCACAGCCCGGAAACUUCAACCGAAACUUCUCCGUGAACCUGUACAAGGUGACCGGGCAGUUCCCGUGGAGCUCGCUCCGAGAGACCGACCGGGGCCUGUCAGCCGAGUACAGUUUCCCCAUCUGGAAGACGAGCCACACCGUGAAGUGGGAAGGAGUGUGGCGGGAGCUGGGCUGCCUCUCGAGAACGGCCUCCUUCGCCGUCAGGAAGGAAAGCGGGCACUCGCUCAAAUCUUCGCUCUCGCACGCGAUGGUCAUCGACUCCCGGAACUCUUCCAUCCUGCCACGGAAAGGGGCCCUGCUGAAAAUUAACCAGGAACUGGCGGGCUACACCGGGGGCGACGUGAGCUUCCUAAAGGAGGACUUUGAACUUCAGCUGAACAAGCAGCUGGCGCUGGAUUCAGUCAUCUCGGCCUCGCUCUGGGGUGGGAUGUUGGUGCCCAUGGGCGAGAAGCCGUCCAGUAUAGCCGACCGGUUUUACCUGGGCGGCCCGACCAGCGUCCGAGGCUUCAGUAUGCACAGCAUCGGGCCUCAGAGUGAAGGCGACUAUCUGGGCGGCGAGGCCUACUGGGCUGGCGGCCUGCACCUCUACACCCCGCUGCCCUUCCGGCCGGGCCAAGGUGGUUUCGGGGAGCUGUUCAGGACCCACUUCUUCCUCAACGCGGGCAACCUCUGCAACCUCAACUACGGAGAGGGCCCCAAGGCCCACAUCCGCAAGCUGGCCGAGUGCAUCCGCUGGUCAUACGGCGCCGGCAUCGUCCUCCGCCUGGGCAACAUCGCCCGCCUGGAGCUGAACUACUGCAUCCCCAUGGGCGUCCAGGGGGGCGACAGGAUAUGUGACGGUGUCCAGUUUGGAGCCGGGAUCCGGUUCCUGUAGCUGCAGCCCGGCUGUAGCUCUCCUCUUCGGGGACACCCCUGGGUACUGGCUGCCUUCUCAGAUGACUGCUCACAGGGGUGCUGCACCCCAGCUGUGGCCUGGGAACCACGCCAAUAAAUUGUACAGAGCCACCA